GUUCGGGAACACCACCAUGUUUCAUCGAUAGCGCAAGGUUGUUGUUCGCCACAUAGCUAGCUAGCAUACAACUUGUUCAAUUGUGUUUACGCUCUACGCGGUGGUAUAUUUUUUUGCAUGACAUUUAAACAGAUAGGUCGUCAUUAGCAAGGAAAUACAAGAGAAUCCAGUUGUAGCCUUACACAUUAGCCAGAGAGCUAAGUUAGCUAGAUAUAGCAGGACUAGCUAGCUAGAGUAGACUGUCGUCAACAACAACAACAACCCUUCCCUUCCCUGCUCUGUCAGGAAUUGGGAGUCAUCAUAUAGCUACUAGCUAGUUACAGUAACAACAGAGUGACUUACAACUACUAGAUAACAUAGCUACUGCAGGUCUUCAAAAAUACUGAUCUUCAAUUGAGCAUUCACAUUUUCUGGGAACUGGGUGAGAGAUUGACGCAGUUGGAGUUGCUUUCUUUCUUUAAAGUCCUUUUACAACGUCAUGGGGAUGAGUCGAAUAGAGUGUAUAUUCUUUAGUGAGUUUCACCCCACACUGGGACCAAAGAUUACCUACCAGGUAGGUGUACAGUACAGUAUAUUUUUUGACCGUUUUUGCAACGAGUGCCAAGCUAACUUCCUAAUCAAAUAGCAUUUUAUUAGACCAACAGUGAACUGCUUACUUAGGGGUCCUUUUCCAACAAUGCAGAGUUAAAGAUAAGAUCAAAAAUAGAAAUAGUGACACAGUGAAUAACGAGGAAAUAUAACAUGGCUAUAUAUAGAGGGUAGAAAAUAACAUGGCUUAUACAGGGAGUACCAGUACCGAAUCAAUGUGCAGGGUCACGAGGUAAUUGAGGUAGGUAUGUACUGUACUGUGCAUUCGGAAAGUAUUCAGACCCCUUGACUUUUUCAACAUUUUGUUACGUUACAGCCUUAUUCUAAAAUGGAUUACAUUGUUUUUUACCCUCAUCAAGCUACAUUAAAUACCCCAUAAUGACAAAGUAAAAACAGGUUUUUAGAUUUUUUGGUGCAAAUUUAUCAAAAUAGAAAUAACUAAAAUAUCACAUUGAAGCACCUUUGGCAGCGAUUACAGCCUUGAGUCUUCUUGGGUAUGACGCUACAAGCUUGGCACAGGAGUUUCUCCCAUUCUUCUCUGCAGAUCCUCUCAAGCUCUGUCAGGUUGGAUGGGGAGCGUUGCUGCACAGCUAUUUUCAGGUCUCUAGUGAUAUUCAAUCUGGUUCAAGUCGGGUUCUGGCUGGGCCACUCAAGGACAUUCAGAGACUUGUCCCGAAGCCACUCCUGCGUUGUCUUGGCUGUGUGCUUAGGUUCGUUGUCCUGUUGGAAGGUGAAAUUUAGCCCCGGUCUGAGGUCCUGAGCGCUCUGGAGCAGGUUUUCGUCAAGGAUCUCUCUGUACUUUGCUCCGUUCAUCUUUCCCUCAAUCCUGACUAGUCUCCCAGUCCCUGCCGCUGAAAAACAUCCCCACAGCAUGAUGCUGCCACCACCAUGCUUCACCUUAGGGAUGGUGCCAGUUUUCCUCAAGACGUGACGCUUGGCAUUCAGGCCAAAGAGUUCAAUCUUGGUUUCAUCAGACCAGAGAAUCUUGUUUCUCAUGGUCUGCGAGUCCUUUAGGUGCCUUUUGGCAAACUCCAUGCGGGCUGUCAUAUGCCUUUUACUGAGGAGUGGCUUCCGUCUGGGCACUCUACAAUUAAGUCCUGAUUGGUGUAGUGCUGCAGAGAUGGUUGUCCUUCUGGAAGUUUCUCCCAUCCCCACAGAGGAACUCUGGAGCUCUGUCAGAGUGACUAUUGGGUUCUUGGUCACCUCCCUGACCAAGGCCCUUCUCCCCCGAUUGCUCAGUUUGGCCGGGCGGCCAGCUCUAGGGAGAGUCUUGGUUGUUCCAAACUUCUUCCAUUUAAGAAAGAUGGAGGCCACUGUGUUCUUGGGGACCUUUAAAGCUGCAGAAAUCUUUUGGUACCCUUCCCCAGAUCUGUUCCUCGACAAAAUCCUGUCUCGUAGCCCUACAGACAAUUCCUUCAACCUCAUGGCUUGGUUUUUGCUCUGACAUUUACUACAGGUGGACUCCAAUCAAGUUGUAGAAACAUGUCAAGGAUGAUCAAUGGAAACAGGAUGCACCUGAGCUCAAUUUCGAGCCUCAUAGCAAAGGGUCUGAAUACUUAUGUAAAUAAGGUAUUUCUGUUUUUUAGUUUUAAUACAUUUGCAAACAUUUCUAAAAACCUGUUUUCACUUUGUCGUUAUGGGGUAUUUUGUGUAGAUUGAGGAAAACAUUGAAUUGAAUCAAUUUUAGAAUAAGGCUGUAACGUAACAAAUGUGGAAAAAGUCAAGGGGUCUGAAUACUUUCCGAAUGCACUGUAUAGGUAGGGGUGAAGUGACUAGCAGCAGCCUAUGUGGUGAGUAUGAAAGUGUGUGUGUGCGUGGCGUCAGUUUGCGUGUGUGUGUCAGUAAGUGUGUGUGGGUAGAGUCCAGUGUGUGUGCAAUGAGUCACUGCAAAAGAGUUUGUGCCAAAAAAGGUCAAUGCAGGUAAUCCGGGUAGCCAUUUGAUUAGAAGUCUUAUGGCUUGGGGGUAGAAGCUGUUCAUGGUCCUGUUGGUUCCAGACUUGGUGCAUUCGUACCGCUUGCUGUGCGGUAGCAGCUAGAACAGUCUGUGGCUUGGGUGCCUGGAGGCUUUGACAGUUUUUUGGGCCUUCCUCUGACACCGCCUGGUAUAGAGGUCCUGGAUGGCACGAAGCUCUGCACAGUACUAUAGCGCCUUGUGGUCGGAUGUCAAGCAGUUACCAUACUGGUGAUGCAACCAGUCAAGAUGCUCUCGAUGGUGCAGCUGUAUAACUUUUUGAGGAUCUGAGGGCCUAUGUCAAAUCAUUUCAGCCUCCUGAGGGGGAAGAGGCGAUGUCGUGCCCUCUUCACGACUGUGUUGGUGUGUCUGGACCAUGAUAGAUCCUUAGUGAUGUGGACACUGAGGAACUUGAAGCUCUCAACCUACUCCACUACAGCCCUGUCGAUGUGGAUGGGAGCGUGCUCGCCCCUCCGUUUCCUGUAGCCCACGAUCAGCUCCUUUGUCUUGCUGACAUUGAGGGAGAGGUUGUUUUCCUGGAACCACACUGCCAGGUCUCUGACCUCCCUAUAAGCUGUCUCAUUGUCGUCGGUGAUCAGGCCUACCACCGUUGGGUCGUCGGCAAACUUAGUGAUGAUGUUGGAGUUGUGCGUGGCCAUGCAGUCGUGGGUGAACAGGGAGUACAGGAGGGGACUAAGCACGCACCUCUGAGGUGCCCCCGUGUUGCGGGUCAGCGUGGCUGAUGUGUUAUUGCCUACCCUCACCACCUGGGGGCGGGUUAUCUGGAAGUCCAGGAUCCAGUUUCAUAGGGAGGUGUUCAGUUUCAGACUCCUUAGCUUAGUGAUGAGCUUUGAGGGCACAAUGGUGUUGAACGCUGAGCUGUUGUCAAUGAACAGCAUUCAGGUGGGAGAGGGCAGUGUGGAGUGCAAUAGAGAUUGCGUCAUCUGUGGAUCUGUUGGGGCUGUGUUCUAUCUUUUCCCAUCUUUGUGCUGUGUUCUAUCCUCUCCAGGUUCCAGAGGAAUACAUAUCCCGGGAGCUCUUUGACACAGUACAGGUGUACAUCAUUACCAAACCAGAACUGCAGAACAAACUCAUAACUGUGUACGUACACUUGGGCAUUUACAUUAGGAUAUCCUUAUUCAUGGACAAGUUUAAGAACAGGUAUUUUUCUCUCUCCUCUUUGAUUGAUGUAGAACGGCCAUGGGGAAGAAGUUAAUUGGUUGUCCGGUGUGCAUCGAGCACAAGAAGUACAGCCGUAAUGCUCUGCUCUUUAACCUGGGCCUUGUAUGCGAUGCACGGACCAAGACCUGUGCCCUUGAACCGAUUGUCAAGAAGCUGUCUGGGUACCUCACAACGCUGGAGGUAAAAGGAUCUCCCUUGAGGCUAGUGCUCUUUAUCAAAACAUCACAAGAUCUGAAUGUCUUAUGGGAUAUAUAGGUCAAAGUGUUCAUAUUUUUCUUUAUUUUGCAGCUGGAGAGUGGGUUCAUAUCGAACGAGGAGAGCAAACAGAAACUGCUACCUAUAAUGUCCACAUUGUUAGAGGAGCUCAAUGCUACUGGAGCCUGCACCUUACCCAUCGGUAUGUGUGCAUUUGCACUCAGCAAUGUGUCAGACUCUUUUAUUUUUCUCUCAUACACCAUUUGCUCCCUCCCUCUUAUUUAGAUGAGUCCAAUACAAUCAACCUGAAGCUGAUUGAGCAGCGCAGGGACCCUCUAAUCGUGCAGGAGUACGACGUCCCUGUCUUCACUCAGUGCAAGGACCACUUCAUCAAAUCCCAGUGGGAUCUCACCACUCAACAGGUAGGCCUUCCACCACACCGACAGUGGCUCACACAGAUAGACCCACGGCUCAUCCAUACCGGAAGCAUACCUACAGUGUGGCUGACAUCCCAUCAAGGGUUUCAGAGAAACAAUGAUUUGUCUAUACUUAGUGCAAUGUCAUCAUGCACCUGUCUCAGAUUAAAGCGCUGAUGAAAAUGAUGUUAGAAAUGUGUUGAAUUCUGUUGUAGAUCCUGGCCUACAUUGAUGGGUUCAGGCAUAUCCAGAAGAUAUCUGCAGAAGCGGAUGUUGAACUUAAUCUAGUCCGGAUCGCCGUACAGAAUUUACUGUGAGUACUUUGAAACUGGUAAUAUGAUGCAACAGAUAAUGAAACAUUUCCCUAUGAAACCAUGGAAUAGAUACUAAGAGAACAUGCUUUAUGAUGCCACAUUGCCCUAUGAAACCAUGGAAUAGAUUCUAAGAGAAUAUUCUUUAUGAUGUAACAUUGCCCUAUGAAACCAUGGAAUAUAUUCUAAGAGAACAUUCUUUAUGAUGUAACAUUGCCCUAUGAAACCAUGGAAUAUAUUCUAAGAGAAUAUUCUUUAUGAUGCAACAUUGCCCUAUGAAACCAUGGAAUAUAUUCUAAGAGAACAUUCUUUAUGAUGUAACAUUGCCCUAUGAAACCAUGGAAUAUAUUCUAAGAGAACAUUCUUUAUGAUGUAACAUUGCCCUAUGAAACCAUGGAAUAUAUUCUAAGAGAACAUUCUUUAUGAUGUAACAUUGCCCUAUGAAACCAUGGAAUAUAUUCUAAGAGAACAUUCUUUAUGAUGUAACAUUGUCCUAUGAAACCAUGGAAUAUAUUCUAAGAGAACAUUCUUUAUGAUGUAACAUUGCCCUAUGAAACCAUGGAAUAGAUUCUAAGAGAACAUUCUUUAUGAUGUAACAUUGCCAUAUGAAACCAUGGAAUAUAUUCUAAGAGAACAUUCUUUAUGAUGUAACAUUGCCCUAUGAGACCAUGGAAUAUAUUCUAAGAGAACAUUCUUUAUGAUGCCACAUUGCCCUAUGAAACCAUGGAAUAUAUUCUAAGAGAACAUUCUUUAUGAUGUAACAUUGCCCUAUGAAACCAUGGAAUAUAUUCUAAGAGAACAUUCUUUAUGAUGUAACAUUGCCCUAUGAAACCAUGGAAUAUAUUCUAAGAGAACAUUCUUUAUGAUGUAACAUUGCCCUAUGAAACCAUGGAAUAUAUUCUAAGAGAACAUUCUUUAUGAUGUAACAUUGCCCUAUGAAACCAUGGAAUAGAUUCUAAGAGAACAUUCUUUAUGAUGUAACAUUGCCCUAUGAAACCAUGGAAUAGAUUCUAAGAGAACAUUCUUUAUGAUGUAACAUUGCCCUAUGAAACCAUGGAAUAGAUUCUAAGAGAACAUUAUUUUUCACAGGUAUUACGGUGUUGUAACCUUGGUAUCAAUAUUUCAGGUAAUGACACCCUCAGUAACAAUACCUUCUUUACAAAAUGUAAUCUUCAUCUGAAAUGUGGUGUGUGUGUGUGUGUGUGUACAGUCCUGUUUACACACUGUAUGUUGUAUCUCUCCAGUACUCCAAUGUGUACUGCACAACCCCUACAGUCCAGAGCCUGAUAGAUGACAGGUCCAUUCAGGAGGAGUGUCUCAGCUAUGUCACCAAGCAAGGUAAAAGUCAGUUUGGAAGGUUGUAGUCAGAAAGUUUGAAUUUGUUACAGUCAGUGAAUGAUAAGUUCUGCGGUCUGUGUGUUUCAGGACAGAAGAGAGCCUGUUUAAGGGAUGUGUUCCAGCUGUACUGCGGUCUGACUCCAGGCACCACCGUUCGAGAUCUUUGCUCCCGCUACUCACAGCAGCUGCAGAGGGUGGAUGAGAGGUGAGUCACCAAUCCUCCAUGUUGACUCAUGAUGUUUAAGUGGUUGGCAUGGACCUCAAAGUGCAUAUCUAUUUAUUUAUUUGUUUAUUUGUCAGGGACCAUAUACAAUAUGCCAUUGCACCAGAUUUAGCUAGAUAGCUAAUCUUCAUCUACGCUGAGAAGUCUAGAGAAUAGUGUUGUUGUUGUUGAUAUCAUGUGAUGGUCAACAGGAGGCUGAUCCAGUAUGGACUGAUGAAGGCUCUCAUUCGCCGUCUGCAGAAGUAUCCUGUUAAGGUGACCCGAGACGAGAGGAGCCGCCCACCACGCCUUUACACUGGUUGCCAUAGUUAUGACGAAAUCUGCUGCAAGACGGGUAGGUUUCAAGGCGUUUAUGAUGGCCAGACACAUUACUGGUUUUAUAGUGAUGACGAAUGUGUCUAGGAAGAUUAAACAUUACAGAGGGCUGGAUAAGUAUUUUGAGAAAUCAUUCUAUACUCUGUGAUCCCUCACGGCAGCGCCCUUCCUGUCUUUGCAGGAAUGAGCUACAAAGAGCUGGACGAGCGCUUGGACAAUGACCCCAACAUAAUUGUGUGCUGGAAGUGAUACCCUGGCUUAAUCAGCAACCACACUGACUUUGAUGCAGAGCAAGCCGUCUCUCUAACAAAGACAGACAGAGACACAUGAGGUUCCCAUUGUACUGAAACAGAGGCCUCCUGCUCGUCUCAUCUGACCCACACAACAGCCUGAUGUCCAGGAGAGACAAUGUGGAUCAACCCCGGCCAAAGAUGCCUUAAACUGACUUCUUCCUAUCACUAUUGUUGUCUGUGGACUUCAUCUGAAAUGUUCUGGAAAUUAUCUGUGUAUUCAAAGGCUGAGACAUGUAGGAAUUUCUAUACUACUAGUAUGUCACCAAUGUCACCUGUUAUCUUCCUCAGGUUUUCCAUCCAGACUUUGAAUCAAUCAUUGUGUAAUAGUUUCAUUCAGAACAAUGAAUGGAGGAAUUCAUAAAGACCACAAAAACAAGGAAAGUGGCAGGUAGCCUAGUGGUUAAGAGCAUUGGGCCAGUAACCGAAAGGUCGCUAGUUCAUACCCUCGUGCAGACUAGGUAAAACAUCUGCCGAUGUGCCCUUGAGCAAGGUACCUAA